AAGGGAAAGGUGCGAUUUUUGGCCCGUUCGAUCUCCCAUGGGAACGAAUCUGAAGGAGAUUGCUGUAGUGCCAUGUGGAGCUUGGCGACCGCGCGACUACCUUGGGCUCGUGCUUCUCGCCCACACUUCAGUGUCCCACCUCGCACCGCAAGGAGGGGAGAGAGAGGGGAGACUGAGGGGAGGGAGGAGAGGACGACGGUGAGCGGCUGCUGGAAAGGGUAUUUAUCCGGGAAUGGAGUCAGAGGAGCCUCCGGAGCUCGCGCCGGGAGAGGGAGGGACGGCUCAGGCGGAGAUGGCGGAGGAAGAUGGAGAAAAGAACUUGAGUCAAAAUGAAAAAGAGGAAAAGGAUGAUCCUGAUUUGUUGCCUUCAGGUUGGGUUCUGGUGCUCAGAACUCAAAAUGGUGGAAAGUUCAAUGGGAAGGAAGUAAAGAGCUAUUACAAUCCAUCCACUGGAUCAAGAUUUUAUUCAAAGAAAAAGUUAUUUCAGCAUCUUAGUGCAUCAAAGAUUUCAAUUCCUACAACCAGAGAGACAAGGAGUACCACUUCUAGCUACAAUAACAAAGCUAGCUCUCCAACCAAUCAAGAGAAGAGUACCAUCGAGGACAGCACCUUUGACAAUGUGCUGACUGAAUUUGAUUCAAAAAGUUUGCCUAAAGGAUGGAUUACUGAGAUCAGAACGACAAAAGUUGGUAAUUUGGAAUACAAGGUCCACAUCGAUCCAGACAGUGGAUAUGAGUUUCGGUCCAUGAAGGAUGCUCAUCGAUAUAUACUAACUGGAGAUAUUCGACAAUGUAUCCUGAAACCACAAAAAAGGAACUCAAAUGGGCCACACACUGUAGAAAGGGACUUACAUUUUCCUACAUCCAAAAGAUUAGAAUGGCAAAGCAAUGGCACGAAAAGAUGUCUCUUUUCAACUAAAACUCUUGAUUCCGGUGUGAAGAUAAAUACAGAUAUAGACGAUUCACUUCCUAUAUCAGCAGUAGACACCAGUAACUGCACUAGUUUACCACAAUCCAAUUGCUUUGAUGGAGAGAAUUCACCUGCUCUCCAACAACAGAAUGCAAACCUGCCAGUUUCAGUGAAAUCAGAGCCAAAGAAACAAGCACAAUCUCUACCCACAAAGCGUAGAAGAGCAAACAAGUUGCAGCCCACGAUCUCAAAGGCCGACCACCACCGAAUCAAAAAACCACGACAGGUAUCUGUUAAACCUAUCAAGAAGCCACUCCGAGCAUCUAAACGAUUGGCUGCUCUUAAAGACACUCAAAUGGCAAAUCCUAGCGCAGCCGGAGAGUCUCAUAAAGCCAAACCAGAUGCUUUCAGUCAGGUACAAGAAAAACCAGCUACAACUAUUGUCGAUCAACCGCCUCAACUGGAUUCAGCCACAGGAAGUUUCUACGAACAAAAACCGCUUCUGCUAGGAAGAAGUAACAAUGAAAAACCAUAUGAAUCGACACUUUGCAGCUCCUGGUCAGACCCAUGUCUCGAGUUUGCUUUCAAGAUGCUUACGAGUGAUAUUCCAAUUUUCGAGGAUACCGAUACGGUUCAGGAAUAUUUUUCGCAGCUCGCCUCUACUAACAACCCAAUUUCUAGUGUUCCAACAUCAUUCAGUGAGUGCCCACCAUGAAACUGUCUGAUCUAUAUUAAUCUAGGUGUUGUUUUAUGGCAUCUCGACAAACUAUCUCGCAGUGCUAAUCUUGUGUAUUCUGUGAUCUUCUCGCUGACCAUUCUGUAAAACCUUUCUAGCCAGUAAUUUAUCGAAUUUGGCUUGCCAA